AGAGCUCUGCGGCACCGUCUGACGUCUGUGCUCGUAGCUCGUUAGCCUCGGAAAGGGCGGGACCAGAGUGUCUCAGAACCGUUAAGCCGCUCACACUGGAGGAAGAGUUAACGGGACAGUUGCAAAAGCCAAUCGCAGCCGGAGUUUGCAGGCUGGGCCUGGGUGGAGACUUCACUGACUGCAGUCGCAGUUCUAAGAACAGGUGGAAAUGGCUAUGGAUAAUUCAUACAAUUUAAAUGAACAAAACUCAUGGAAUGGAAUCUCAUCUGAGAAGAAAAAGAAUUUUCUUGCAUCAGAAGAUCAUGGACAGAAAAUCUUAAGUGUACUACAGAGUUUUAGAGAACAGAAUGUCUUUUAUGACUUCAAAAUAAUCAUGAAAGAAGAAAUAAUCCCAUGUCAUCGUUGUGUGUUGGCAGCAUGCAGUGACUUUUUCAGGGCUAUGUUCGAAGUAAACAUGAAAGAAAGAGAUGACGGAAGUGUUACCAUUACUAACUUGUCCUCCAAAGCUGUAAAGGCAUUUCUUGACUAUGCCUAUACCGGAAAAACAAGAAUAACAGAUGAUAACGUGGAAAUGUUCUUCCAGUUGUCAUCCUUUCUUCAGGUUUCCUUCCUGUCCAAAGCUUGCAGUGACUUUUUAAUAAAAAGCAUCAGUCUGGUCAAUUGUUUGCAUUUGUUAUCUCUGUCAGACAGCUACGGCUCUACCCAGUUGUUCAGUCACGCUUUAUAUUUUGUGCAACAUCAUUUUCAUUUGUUGUUAAAAUCCAGAGACUUUUUAGAGAUGAAUUUUGGAGUGCUGCAGAAGUGUCUGGAAUCAGAUGAGUUGAAUGUACCUGAAGAAGAAAUGGUCCUGGAGGCUGUCCUCACAUGGAUUAAAUACAAUUUAGAGUCCAGGCAAAAGCACCUGCCUCACUUGAUUACAAAAGUAAGAUUACAUCAGUUAUCUGAGGACACACUACAAGACUGUUUGCUCAAUGAAGAGAAUUUACUCAAAAGCACAAACUGUUUUGACACAAUCGUGAAUGCUAUUAAGUGUGUGCAAGGUUCUAGUGGCCUCUUUCCUGAUGCUCGACCAUCCACAACUGAAAAAUAUAUAUUCAUCCAUAAAACUGAGGAAAAUGGACAAAAUCAAUAUACGUUUUGCUAUAAUAUUAAAACUGACUCCUGGAAAAUAUUGCCACAGUCACAUCUGAUUGAUUUGCCAGGAUCUAGUCUGUCUAGCUAUGGAGAAAAAAUAUUCUUGACAGGUGGUUGCAAAGGGAAGUGCUGUAGAAAGAUCCGACUUCAUAUUGCUGAGUCUUACCAUAAUGCCACUGACCAGACGUGGUGCUACUGUCCAAUUAAAAAUGAGUUUUUCUUGGUUUCAACUAUGAAAACUCCAAGAACCAUGCAUACAUCAGUCAUGGCUCUUAAUCGGUUAUUUGUUAUAGGCGGAAAGACUAGAGGAUCCCAGGACAUUAAGAGUCUCUUAGAUGUUGAAUCUUAUGAUCCACUGUCCAAAGAGUGGACAUCAGUUAGCCCUUUACCCAGAGGCAUCUAUUACCCAGAAGCCAGUGCAUGCCAGAAUGUCAUUUAUGUCCUUGGAUCUGAGGUAGAGAUUGCUGAUGCUUUCAACCCAUCACUUGAUUGCUUCUUUAAAUACAAUGCUACCACUGAUCAGUGGUCUGAACUAGUAGCAGAGUUCGGACAAUUUUUUCAUGCUACUUUAAUUAAAGCUGUCCCAGUAAACUGUACCCUUUAUAUAUGUGAUCUUUCCACCUAUAAGGUUUAUAGUUUUUGUCCUGAUACUUGUGUUUGGAAAGGAGAAGGCUCUUUUGAGUGUGCAGGCUUUAAUGCAGGUGCAAUUGGAAUUGAGGAUAAGAUUUACAUAUUAGGUGGAGAUUAUGCCCCAGAUGAGAUCACAGAUGAGGUGCAGGUCUACCACAGUAGUAGGUCAGAGUGGGAAGAGGUGUCACCAAUGCCAAGAGCUUUAACUGAAUUUUACUGUCAGGUCAUUCAAUUCAACAAAUACAGGGACCCAUGGUAUUCUAAUCAUUUCUAAAAGUGAUAUUUGCAUGAGUGCUCUAAAAUUAUGCCAAGUAGAAUUGGUUAAAAAUAUGUAUAUCCUAGCACAAUAAAAUGUUCCUUUUAUUAAAGAAC